CAGAUUAAAUAGUGCAUUUAACAGUGCAGGAUAUAAAUUAUCGGAUCAACAUAGACAUAUUCGUAUUAUUAGAUUAUACUUUAAAUAUAAAUACAUAAGCUUACCUGUGACAGAAUACCAUUGUCACUUCUCGACAAUGAUUAUUAUGACGAUGAAAUGAUACGUGAUCUUAUGGUGGCAACAAAUUUAUUCACUGAAGGGGCACGAGAGCGGUGUGCUUGCUUCCGUGGAAAUCGCGCGGAACAUACGACGGGGAAUAAGGAAGGAGAUGAGCUCGAGGAAACCGAGAAGGGACUCGGACGUCCUGUUGUCCAAGUUCGGUCACAAGGAGUUGCUGUUCAAGUUCCUCGUAAUCGGUGAUUAUGGAGUCGGAAAGACAGCAUUGGUUAGAAGAUACACAGAAGGGAAGUUUACGUCGAAUUACAAGAUUACCAUAGGAGCCGAUUUCGCAAUAAAAACGCUCGACUGGGACCCUCUUACUAAAAUAAAUUUACAAUUGUGGGAUGUCGCCGGUCACGAAAGAUUUGGAUAUAUGACCAGAGUUUAUUAUAAAUAUGCAGUGGCCGCAGCUUUGGUUUUCGAUAUUUCGCGAAUAGCCACGUUCCAAUCGAUCAAGAAAUGGCUGUGCGACUUAAGGGAAAAAGUCACACUUCCGGAUGGUUCGAAUAUACCGGUAGUUCUCUUAGCGAACAAAUGCGACAUUCCUUGCCCCGUGGUACCGACCGAACAAAUUGCCAGGUUUUGCAAAGAGAAUAACAUUGGCGCUUGGUAUGUAACUUCUGCGAAAGAAAAUACAAAUGUUGAUGUGGCGAUGCGUUAUCUUGUGGAGAACGUGCUCAAAACUAAAAUUGACGGAGGAAUUCGUGAUUCCGUCCGGCUGCGAGACAAACCUACGAUCCGAGAAAAGAGCGGAUGUUGCAAGUAAUCAUUUUUCUUUGCGAUUUUCAAUUAAAAAUUCGUGCCAUUUAUUAUGCGACAAUAUUAUUUUCACAAUAUUCGAAAGAAAUUACUUUUUAAUGUGAUUUUUUUUAAUUAAUUUAAUCUGCGAUGCGUAUUUUUUAUAAUAUAUUUAGAAUUAGUCGUAUAAUUUGUAUAUCUUAACAUGUACAUGUUUUACAAAUACUGUACUGUUAUAAAUACUGUACAACGAUAUGAAUAUUUUUAAUUUGCAAAGAAAUUUAGAAUAUAUUUAUUUUUAGAAUUCUAGAACAGAUAUUCGCUAUUCUUUAACGAUUCGAGGUUUUUAUACAUUUAAUAAUUGUAAGAAAUUCUAAAGACGUUUGUCAAUACAUUGGAUUUUACGAAUAAUUUUUAAUAGAUAUUUUCCAAA